CUAAACGGAACGAAACGGUGUUGCUAAAUAUACUACGCGGAGGCACGCGAUUCUCUCUACGGCUGGGGACAGCAGGAUGGUCAUCAACAUCCGAAAGCACAUACAUCGUCCUCGGUAGUGAUAUUUUGUUGUCGUUUGCUUCGUUGGUAGGUUCCUCCGUAGCGGAGAAUCGCACACGUAGUGAACGAUAGUCGUGACGUAUCAAACAUAUUGAGUCAGCGACCGGUCUCGAAGCGAAUCUCUUGGUUAGUUUCUGUGAUUUUUCCGGGGGUGAAGGUUUCUCGAGGAACGGUUCUAUAUGUGUUUUAGGUCUUCUGCCGAUGUCGUCUUUGUCACGUGGUAACCGACCGUAUUACAGAUUCAGACACGAGGAUAUAUCCCUUCGAAAGAAGAAACGAACUGACGAGAGUAAAAUUGUGCCGUGCUGUGAAAUUGUGCGUGAGAAGGACGAGACAGAGAUAUCGUCGAACUAGUGAGAACAAUCGAAAAUUGAACGGGAAACGGGACGAAAGGUUUCUGAUGAGCGAAACCGUGGUGUCGUUUUCGGACGUUUUUGCUGGACAUUCAUGUGAACUUGCUUACACCUGGUGUGGAAGAUUACUGGAGAGGAUAAAACAAAUUCGAUUUUUUCUACGUUGACAGAGAUGAAUAUCCAGAAGCCUGAGGGCCUUUUGGGGGUUUUGCCGAUCGAACUUGCGUCCUCGACGAGUUCGCGGCAACUCAUUAUAAAUCAAGACCAACAGGAUGAAGAGGCGUCGGAUUGUCCACUAUUAACUCCUAGCCCACCGGCCACGCAACCGAACAAUGCCUUGGAAGACGACAAGAUCUUCGUUUCCGCGGAAGGGAAUCCCGUGGAAUCGAUUCCGCCGCCGACGCUCGAAAACAUUAAUAAAGAGGACGGGCUUAACGAGUUCAUGAAUAUAGUGAACAGCUCGAGCAGAACGCUGAACGAUGAACCAAGCUCGCGAGAUCCGAUGGUGGAAUCGACGACCAGCGGGAGCAGCAGUGACACAAACGAGCCCGUUUGUGCACAGCUCUUGACACAGCUGAACACAGCUUAUCAGCAUCUCGCGCCCGAUGCCCAAGCUCUGUUUUACAAUCAGGAGAAUGGAGGAAAGCCACCUUUAGUCGGGAUACAGCUAGUGGUACCGAAACCGUCGAAGGACUAUCGCUUCAUGAAAUGGAACUGGCCACUCAUACGGAAGACUUGUUUCUGGUCUUUGAUGUCGGUGCUCGCCGGAUGCGUAGCGCUCGUAAUCGGUGUAAUCGCCACGAUGCCAAGAAAGUGUGACCCGCCAGUCCAAUGGUGGCAAGGCAGCGUGUUCUACGAGAUAUUCCCGGCAUCGUUCCAGGAUUCCUCGAAGGGCGGCGACGGAAUCGGCGAUCUCCGCGGCAUCACGAUGCGUCUGGACUAUUUGAAAAAGCUGGGCGUGCGCGGGAUCCGUUUGAAUUCCAUCUUCCCGGCGGCCCACUAUCCCGAGUAUUACGCGAACAUCGAGAACCUGACAGACCUGAACAGAGAGUUAGGAACGUUGGACGAUUUCGCCACGCUUGUGCGCGAGACUCACCGUCGAAACAUGAGCUUGAUUCUCGAUCUGCCACUGUACCCGUUCGUCAAGACCCUGCACAACGAGACCACCGUGCCCUCGGAGAAGCCGAAUAAAACGGACAAAGCGGUGCGCGAGAGAAGAGACGCUAGCGAAACGGCGGCGACCCUUCAGGAGGCAGUGUCGACGACGACGUCCUCCGUGUCGCUUCAUCAGGCGAUACGCGAGGCGCUGUCCUCGAUACCGCCUCCUCUGGACAACUCGCAACGCGAAGCGUUCACAUCGAGCCACGUCAAUGACCCCGUGUCGGAGAAUCCCGUGACGACGGCCAUUAAAAUCUGGUUGGAAAGGGGAGUGGACGGCUUCUACCUGAAAGGACUGGAGCACUACGCGAACGAGAAACCGUUCGCCGGCAUUCUGAAACAGUGGAAGUCGAUCCUCGGCUCCGAGAGGAUACUCAUUUGCCACGUGGACGCUUUGAACGCCGCGAGGUCGCCGGCGGCGAGGAACUCCAUUCUGAUGAGGAUGGACCUCGUGGACGUUACGUUGCGCGUGACGAACGGCACGAUGGACAUCAAGAGACAGAUCGAAGACGUUACCGGCAGCGUGCUGUUCGAGAAGCCCGGUUACCCGUGGGUACAUUGGUCGAUCGGUGGCGUGGACUCGAAGAGGAUAGCUUCCACCAUUAGCGUGAAGAACGCCACCAUCGCCGCGACAAUGUUAGGGAUGAUGCUUCCAGGAACGCCGAAUAUAUUCUACGGAGACGAGAUAGGUAUUCUGGACUGUGAAUGCGAGGAUCACAAAGAUCUUGCUCACGUGCACAACUUGGCGCCCAUGUACUGGGAGGAAACCGACGGUUCCGGCUUUAAAUUUGCGCCCAUCGGUGUUACGGCUUGGCUUCCGGAAUCUGCGAAGCCAUUGGAGUCGAGCUUGAUCGGUACGAUCGCUGAGAUGGCUGCUCUCCGAACGGAAACGACACCUAUCUACGUGAAAGCGGUGCUAAAAGAGAAUCAGGUGCUGGCGAACUGUGAUAUUAGGUACGCAGACGACGAGAUGAUUGUAAUAGAAAGAUGGUAUCCACGACGGAAUUCUUACGUCUUCUUAGCGAAUUUAGGCAAUCAGACGCAAACGAAGGAUCUAUCCUUCCUCUAUUACGGCGGUUACGUCAUAGUCGGUCCAUCGUACAGAUUAAACAAGGACGUGUAUUUCAAGGAACUCAUCAUACCUCCGGGAGAGGCUUUCGUUAUAAAGCUGGACAAGUGAACAUCCGUUAUGAAAUUUGAAACAUCUACGCGACAUUUACGCUCGUUUUAUAUAAAUGUAUAUCUACGUACGAUUAAGAUUUCGACACCUUUGAUUAAUAUGUUCAGCGUAAAUUUGUGAUAUUUUGUUCGAGGAAUAUCGUUUACGUUGCGAACGUUGUACAACGAACGUUUAGAUGUAAAAGUUCCUAUUAAUAGUAAAUCAAUUAGGAACAACAAUGUCCAACAAAAGGGGAGAAACGUAAAACGAGAAGCAAAAGGAAGAAAAAGAGAUGAGAGAGUAGAAAGCAAAAAAAAAAAAAAAAAGAAAAAAAUAGACGCAGUGUGAAAAGAAUGAAAGUAAAAGAGGAAGAGUUUUGUGCAGUCCCAACGAUUUUACACACAACACACACAACACACACACACACACAUACACACGGGUAAAAUGUGUUUGAACACGAAAUCAAAAGCUCACGAUUAAAAUCAAAUUCUACGUAUUGUUAACGUUUUAAAUCUCGUUGGUUAAUAAUGACGAAGCACAACGAAGAAAAAAAAAACAAGAAAAAUAAUCGCGCAUUUUACAUUCCAAAGAAAGACAGAUCAUUUCACGUUUGCCUGUGUUCAUUUUAAUGAUCGAUGUGUCUAGGAUGAGAGAUUACUUCGCUAUUUUGUAUGUCUUUUAAUCAUUUUGAUAAUAAAGCCGAUGAUGCUUGGCGGUUCGAUUGAUUAUUAUUCACGCGAACUCGCCUAUGACGGUCGAUGGUGUUUCGUAUUGCAACAGAGUACAAGGAAUUUAUUGCUCGUGUCAUUUCAGGUACGAUUACUAAAUUUACCGAUCGAUCGAGAACAUAUUUCACGCCAAAUAUUUUUAUAUAAAUGAAUUUUAUCACGCGUGAACGAACUUUGCUCGCAACGUGUGACUUUCACUUGUUUUACACACAAUCGUUUUUUGGUACUAAUCGAGUGAUAUUUUAUCGACGCGUAUAUUCAAAUGGUGCUGACACGCGAGAAGGUAGUAGUCAUUUUUGUAUUCUUAUCCGACAUCACGACGCGUUCGUGUGUUCCCUCGUACAUGAAUUUUGUAUGUUGCUAUGUUAACCUGUGUGACCCUAAAUGUGCAUUCUUCUUCAACUUGAACACCAAGGUACAAAUUUCGCAAUACCAAGGGGAGACACAAUGUUUACUGUCUGUAACGUAUUCGAUGUAUUGAAAUUUUUACUUUAACAAAUACUUUCGAUUUUGAUGUGGAUAUUGAUGUUCGAAAAUAAAAGGGGAAGAUGUUACCGGA